UGACGUUUUUCCACAUGCUGUCAAGAAUGAAAGAAAACAAAUAUUUAAAUCAUGGAUAAUGAAAAUUCUGUAAUUUACGGUCUAGAGUUUCAGUCCAGAGCAUUAUGUGCACAAUAUGCAGAAACAGAAAAAAUACGAUUUUUAAUAGGAACACAAUCACUUAAACAAACUAAUAAUCAAAUUCAUUUAAUAGAAUUCAAUGAAGAAAUAUCUACAAUAAAAACUUCUGUAUUUCAUCAUUCUGAAGGUGAAAUAUGGAAACUGACAUCAAGUCCUAUAGAUCCACUAAAAAUAUCUACUUGCUACAACACUCUCACCGGUGAAAACAGCUGUGUUAUGAGAAGUGCAAUUUUAAGACUACCUGAGAUAGAAAAUCAUGAUACAAUUGAAAAUUUAGAAAUAGUUACAAAACUGGAUUCUACUUCACUGGGAAAUGAUAUCAGAACAACAGAAUUUCAUCCGACAAUUGCUAAUUCUGCAGUGACUUUAACAGAUACCCAUGUUGUCCUCUGGGACAUUUCUGAAACUGAAGGGAAACUUGUAAGUAGUAUAUUAUUAGAAGGCAAGAAUAGUCCAAAAUUCACUAAUGGCAAGUGGAAUCCACAUCAAAAUUGUAAUCAGUUCAGUACAUUGACGGAAACUCACAUAAAGACAUAUGAUAUAAGGUCGGGAGAACUAGCCUGGAAUAUAGAUAAUGCUCAUUGUCAAUUUAUAAGAGAUAUGGACUACAAUAUGAAUAAAUUAUACCACCUUGCAACCUGUGGAGAUGAUGGUUUUCUGAAAAUUUGGGAUUUCAGACAAACAAGUAGUCCUGUAUUCUCCAGAAGCGAUCAUUCACAUUGGAUUUGGUGUGUCAGAUUUAAUCCAUUUCAUGAUCAGCUAGUUCUUACAGCCAGUUCAGAUGCAAGAGUAUUACUUUCUAGCGCUGCAAGUGUUAGUUCAGAAAAUAUCAGUGAAACUCUUAUCACUGAUGAUAAAGAAGGAUUUGAUACCAAGCAAAAAUUAAAAGAUGGACCGCUUCAAUGGUGUGAACAUGAGGACAGCGUAUACUGUGUCGAAUGGUCUCCAGCCGAGCCGUGGGUUUUUGCAUCACUUAGUUAUGAUGGUCGACUUUUGAUAUCUCACGUGAAAAAAUCACUUAAAUAUCAAAUUAUGUUAUGAAUUAAAAAUAUCAAAGAAAGUCCUGGCCAAA